GUCUCCAAGCUCAGUCUCGCGGCUGCUCUGCCCGCGAUCACACGCGGCCGCCGUACCGCCCUAUUGUCGGUGUUUAGUUGUGCCAUACAUUCUCAAAUAAUUGUAGUUACCUCAAAUAUUCCACCAUGGAUCCCGAAGCCUUCUUAGACCUGGCCAACCAGGUCAUAAAACUAAAAAUGUUUCCGUAUUUUGACAUCGCACAUUCACUAUUAUGUGCACUUUCCGUCAGAGAGGAUUUGGGUGCUGGCGCACAGGCGUUCUCGCGCAAGCACCCUCUGGCAUGCUGGCUCUCCACCAUGCUCGUGAUAUUCGCCGGCGGCAUGGUCGUAAACGGUCUCCUCGGAGAGCCCGUCCUCGCGCCGCUCAAGAACACGCCACAACUCGUCAUCGGCACAGUUACUUGGUACAUAGUUUUCUACACACCAUUCGACGUGGGCUACAAAGUGGCAAAGUUCCUGCCCGUGAAAAUCGUCGCAUCUGCCAUGAAAGAGAUCUACCGUGCCAAGAAAGUGUACGAUGGAGUCAGCCAUGCCGGCAAACUGUAUCCUAACGCUUACAUCAUUAUGAUAAUUAUUGGUACCUUGAAGGGCAACGGAGCGGGCUUCACCAAGCUAGUAGAGAGGCUGAUCCGUGGAGCCUGGACCCCAACUGCUAUGGAAACUAUGCAGCCUAGCUUCUACACGAAGGCGUCGCUGGUGGCAUCGGUGAUCUUCGUACUGGACAAAAAGACCGACCUCAUCUCCGCGCCGCACGCGCUUGUCUACUUCGGCAUCGUCAUAUUCUUCGUCUACUUCAAGCUAUCCUCAAUCCUGCUGGGCAUCCACGAUCCGUUCGUGCCAUUUGAGAACCUGUUCAGCGCGUUGUUCCUGGGCGGCAUCUGGGACUCCCUGGCCAAGCUGCUCGGCAAAGGCCUGCCUAAAGAGGAGAGCAAGGACGUUAAGAAGACCAAUUGAUGCGACACGUCACAGCAUACUACGCUUCUUUAUCAACUGACACCGACAAUGUAAUACAACGGUCGAAAAGAUACUUUAGUAUCAAAUAAAAAAUAGAAAA